AUGAAUCCAACCUAUGCCCAGUACGUCGAUGCACAGAUACCACACAAUUCCUGUCUCAAGAGACUGGCCGAGUUUCUUCAUGGCUUGGAUGGAAAUCAGAUCCAUCCAACGAAAAUUUCUAGCGUUGAUUUCUCAAAGAGCGGCUGUCAAAACCUGCAGUCGUGGACAUUCCAUGCAAAAGGUGGCUUCUAUUACACUGCACCAUCAAGAGGCUCAGCGACACUACAACCUUCAGAGGAAGAGAAGUUGCAUGACAUGUUCAGCGUACCAUAUAAUGUUCAAGGACGGAUUGUAAUAAUUGAGGACAUGGAUCGGCACAUUGCAUCCUUUCUGGGUGCGCGAUAUGAUAUAUCACCCUUCUUCUUCGCCAAUCAUCUGGACAACAGCUUUUCCGACUUUGAAGAACGACCUCCACUCGCCUCACUAACUAUUCCCUCGAUCCAUUGCAAGGGGGACAGUAUACAUCUCCACUAUCGACGAGUUAUUGAUCUUGGGACCACCACAUGUCAAUCAUUGCACCAAAUGUGCACGGAUAGUAAUGUAUCACGAUCGGUCAAGGUGACACCGCAGAUCUCGGCCCGCUCGCUGGGUUGGGCUCGUAGUUGUUGCUCAAUGAUGAAGAAGCGGAUAUCCAAAGACCAAUGGAUAUGCUUGGUUUUCAUCGAUCCCACGAAUGCAAAAAUCCGUCCUAAGAAAGGAUCGCAUACAGCCUACCUGGAGCAAAUUCCCAUACAUGGUGGACCGAAACUGGAGUUGGGCAUGACUGAGUUCUCCCAAUGGAAAGAGAAUAACUUUAAUCCGUCAGCAGCUGAUCAUGUGGUGAGACUAACAGCAAAUCGAGCCUCACAAAUUACCGACGAGCCAUCAUUGAGGGAUAUACUUGUACAGUGUUUUCGACAACCAUCUCCAGAUUUUGAUGAACAAGACCCAUCGCUUCUGAGCUUAGCAUACUAUCCCAUUCAAAUCGUCAUCUCGGAGUGGAACUUCUACACAAUGCUGCUCAGCCGCUAUGUAAAGCACUACGAGUACGCCAUCAUCUCAUCUGAGGCAAGCGUCCAACUAUCCAAUCUUGAGGAACUCCUCCCAUGGCGCAGGCGCUGUGUGCGAAGUCAACAAAGGCUACAUCUCCUCUACGUUUUCAUCGACUCUCAUCUUCAAAACUCUCGCAAUGAGGAACUCAAACGUAUCUGGAAACCCAUACUUCAGGAUAUCAACCAUUUUUCUUCGCAGAUCGGUGACUGGGCAUCAUUUCUGGGUUCGAUGGUCACACAACUUGAUACACAUCAAGCCCUAGUAGAAGCACGCAGCGUGAGGCGCUUUACAUAUGUAGUUCUGGCGUUCACAGCCUUGAGUCUGGUUACGAGUAUUUUCAGUAUGACGGAUGAAGUCCUUCCGUGGGGCAGCCGGUUUUGGAUCUAUAUCGUUAUCGCUGUACCUUUCACGUUUUUUGUUCUGCUAGGAUAUUUUACUCUAUCCAAAAAUUUAGGUCGAGCGUAG